AUGUAUGUGAAAUGGUUUGAUACAGUAAUGUUAUACUAUGUGAUUUUUAGUGAAUUUAGUGAAUGUCACUUUUUGUCAUUUUCAAAUUUCCCGCCGUUCCGUCCUUUGUACGUCCCAACGCUCGCAGGGGACAGAAGCCAGAUGACAGAUGCCAGAGGACAUUGCAGGGGACACUGCAGGAGGGACAUCGUGGGAGCAAAGGACAAGGUAAGUGAUCAAGGGAUUCCGGAGCAGCGCCGCAUGGUAAGCCGGAGUGUAGCUCGGGGUUACCGCUUGUGCUACACUCGGGAAUACCGCCAGGGAGGU